CCCUCCCUUUGUUCUCAUCCAUUUCCUUCAUUGUCUCUCUUUCAGAUUGAGACGUGCGUUGCUCUUGCUGCCCGACCUUUAAAUAUCGGGAGCCUCCAGGAUCCACUAAUUUCGGAGCUCCGUUUCGUUUCGUCUGGGGUUUAUUUUUCAAUUCAAUUAUAUUCCUGCUCUCUUUUUUUUUGGAUUCUUCGAAUCGGAGGUUGUCCGGUUCGGAGAUCCGAUUGCUUCUCCUCUCUGUCUUGGCUCGAGAUCCGGGCCAAGCACAGAAGUAUCGGGCUCGGGUUCUUAGAUUUUAUGUUCUCUCUCUUCAAGUGUACAAAGUUUAGAUUUGGGGAUUGUAUAGAAUUGAACAAGUGUAAAUGGCGACGGGUGAGGGAUUUCUGACGGGUGAGCAGAGGAAGAUGCUGAAAAUAGCCAGCCAAAAUGCAGAGAAUUUGUCAUCGUCUCCCAAGGGUUUGUCUUCGUCGCCUAAAUCCCCAUCACAAUUGUUUUCUGAGCAUCACUUAAAAGUUCCUGCUGCCGGGAAAGCAACUAAUGCUGGGAUUGCUGUGAGGCAUGUCAGGAGAUCGCACUCGGGGAAGCUUGUGCGUGUUAAGAAAGAUGGUGGUGGUGGUAAGGGAACAUGGGGAAAACUGCUGGACACUGAUGGUGAAUCCCGUAUUGAUCGGAGUGAUCCUAAUUAUGACAGUGGAGAGGAGCCAUAUCAGCUUGUUGGGGCAACCAUCUCAGAUCCCUUAGAUGACUACAAGAAGGCUGUUGUUUCAAUAAUAGAGGAGUACUUUAGCACUGGUGAUGUGGAAGUGGCUGCAUCUGACCUCAGAGAACUUGGGUCUAGCGAAUAUCAUCUGUACUUUAUCAAGCGACUUGUUUCCAUGGCCAUGGACAGGCAUGAUAAGGAGAAGGAAAUGGCUUCAGUUUUGCUUUCUGCGCUGUAUGCUGAUGUCAUCAGCCCAUCCCAGAUCAGAGAUGGGUUUGUCAUACUUCUAGAGUCUGCUGAUGAUCUUGCAGUGGAUAUACUGGAUGCAGUUGACAUCCUUGCUUUAUUCAUAGCUCGUGCCGUGGUUGAUGAUAUCCUUCCUCCUGCUUUCCUCACCAGAGCAAAGAAGACCUUACCUGAAUCCUCGAAAGGAUUUCAAGUUCUCCAAACUGCUGAAAAGAGCUAUCUUUCAGCUCCACACCAUGCAGAGCUUGUGGAGAGGAGGUGGGGUGGAAGCACCCACAUAACUGUCGAGGAAGUGAAGAAAAAAAUUGCAGAUCUGUUGAGGGAAUAUGUGGAGAGUGGAGAUGCUGUUGAAGCCUGCAGGUGCAUAAGGGAGUUAGGAGUUUCAUUCUUUCAUCAUGAGGUUGUUAAGAGGGCUUUGGUUCUUGCCAUGGAGAUCCGAACUGCAGAACCACUUAUAUUGAAGCUGUUGAAGGAAGCUUCUGAAGAAGGCCUGAUAAGUUCCAGUCAAAUGGCAAAGGGUUUUGCUCGAUUGGCAGAGAGCCUUGAUGACCUUGCUCUUGACAUUCCAUCUGCCAAAUCCUUGUUUCAAUCCCUCAUCCCCAAAGCUAUUGCUGAAGGAUGGCUUGAUGCUUCAUUCAUGAAAUCUUCAUGUGAAGAUGGACAAGUACAAGCUGAGGAUGAGAAGGUUAAGCGGUUUAAGGAGGAGGUUGUGACAAUAAUUCAUGAGUAUUUUCUCUCAGAUGACAUCCCUGAAUUGAUUCGAAGUCUUGAAGAUCUUGGAAUGCCUGAGUGUAACCCAAUCUUCCUGAAAAAGCUCAUCACCCUUGCCAUGGACAGGAAGAACAGGGAGAAGGAAAUGGCGUCUGUGCUACUGUCAGCUCUUCACAUUGAGAUAUUUUCAACCGAUGACAUAGUUAACGGUUUCGUCAUGCUUCUGGAAUCUGCAGAAGAUACAGCGCUGGACAUCUUGGAUGCUUCAAAUGAACUUGCACUCUUUCUAGCUAGGGCUGUAAUUGAUGAUGUCUUGGCUCCUUUGAAUCUAGAGGAGAUAGGCAGCAAGUUGCCACCAAACUGCAGUGGAAGUGAGACGGUGCGCAUGGCUCGAUCACUUAUUGCUGCCCGCCAUGCCGGCGAGAGGCUCUUGAGGUGUUGGGGUGGUGGAACUGGCUGGGCUGUGGAAGAUGCAAAGGACAAGAUCUUAAAGCUACUGGAGGAGUAUGAAAGUGGGGGUGUUGUUGGCGAAGCUUGCCAGUGUAUUCGUGAUCUUGGAAUGCCUUUCUUUAACCAUGAGGUGGUGAAGAAGGCAUUGGUCAUGGCAAUGGAGAAGAAGAAUGACAGGAUGCUGGAUCUGCUCCAAGUGUGUUUCAAUGAAGGCCUGAUCACUAUCAAUCAGAUGACCAAAGGCUUCAACCGUAUCAAGGAUGGAAUGGAUGAUCUGGCUCUUGACAUUCCAAAUGCAGAGGAGAAAUUUAGCCUCUAUGUAGAUUAUGCCCAGAAAAAGGGUUGGCUGCUUGCACCUUUGGGGUCAUCUGUUGCGGACGGCUCCUCCUCAAUCGCCAUGACAGGUACUUGAGAAGAAAGCAUAUUUCCUGUCGUCAUUCUCAUGUAUGUUGUUACCUAUUUUGCCUCACUGUACUGCUGAAAGGUGGAUAGGUAUAGAUAUAGGAUAUGUUUAGAUUCCGUCUGAUGUCUCUCUUUUUUGUGCUUAUCCGAUGGAGAUUCUUAUGAUCCCAUUCAGUGUGUAAAGUUGGUUGUUUCUUUGUGUUAUUGACGACCUAGCUUUAGGCGCAUCUUGCAUCCAAAAGAGUAUGUUAAGAGAGGGGAAAUAAAUUCCCUGUGAUGUUGCUGUACAUGCUACGUGAUGAUGGUUAGGAUUACUUGUUUCCUUCCCCUUCUUUGAUUUCCCAGAAGCACAAU